GACGAACUCACCGUCAAUUUACGAGCAGAAAAAAAAAAGGCCGCCCGCCCAUUCCCUCAAGACUCAACAUGGCCGCAACAACACUGCCCAAGGAAAUUUCGAAACUCGGCGGGGAAGUCAAGCUUUUUGGAAAGUGGGAUACUCAAGAUGUUGAAGUCAAGGACAUCUCCCUCACGGACUAUAUCCAAGUCCGUCACGCGGUUUACCUCCCUCAUACCGCUGGUCGUUACGCCAAAAAGCAAUUCAAGAAGGCCCAGAUGCCUAUCGUUGAGCGAUUGGUCGACAGCUUGAUGAUGAAUGGUCGUAACAACGGCAAGAAGCUUCUCGCAGUCCGCAUUGUCGCCCACGCUUUCGAAAUUAUACACCUCCUUUCCGACCAGAACCCCAUACAAGUUUUGGUAGAUGCUAUCGUCAACACUGGUCCUCGUGAAGAUUCGACGCGUAUCGGUUCUCAGGGAACUGUCCGUCGUCAGGCCGUCGAUGUUUCCCCUUUGAGACGGGUGAACCAGUCGAUUGCUCUGCUCACCGUCGGCACAAGGGAGUCUGCAUUCCGGAACGUCAAGUCGAUCGCUGAGUGUCUCGCAGAUGAGCUCAUCAAUGCCGCAAAGGGUUCUUCUAACUCGUACGCCAUCAAGAAAAAGGACGAACUCGAACGUGUUGCCAAAUCCAACCGGUAAAAUAUUCUACCUACAUUUUCAAUGUUGUUGUUUGUCGAAGGCACCGGACGAUUUGGGGAAUACUUCCUUCGGCAUUGGUAUUCUUUCUUCUCCUAUCCAAGUAUUUCUAUUUCAUGCUUCAUGCUUCAUGCCGGUAUGCCAUGAAAAUACACCGAAUAAGCUCUCCAUCGUUUCGGGGUACACUAGUGUGAUAGUCCGAUUGACAUUAUGCACAUCUAAUAAACCUUGAACGGGAUCCUCUAAUGGCAA